CGGUGUCCUUAUCUGCUGCGCCUGAAAACGGGCGGGAAACACAACAUAACUUUCCAGAAGUUUUACAAAGUGCAGUGGCGGAGGAUUUGAGUUUUUUAAUAUGAGGGAAUUUCGUGGGAUGAGUACAGCAAGACAUCGCGGUUGCCUAUUACUGGUUGCCGCGGUGGUUUUGGCCUUCUCUUCUUACAUUGAACAGGUGGUGGGCAUGCCCGCUUUGCCAGCUCCAAAUCAGUGGCCCACAUUUCCCAGAAGAAAUAUAGCCGCUCUAGCUAGAGCGGGUUAUUUGAGAGGAAGCUCCGCGGGUACGUUUAAAAGAAGCAUUUCGACUUUAGCGAAAAAUGGAAUGCUUCCAACUUUUAGAGCACCGUAUGAUGAAGCUGACAAACAAGAUGAUGACGAUGGAGAGUCUCAUGAGAAACGAAACUUAGCUUCAAUAGCCCGACUGCGCAGCUACUCAGCCAUGAAACGGAACAUCCAGGCGCUGGCGAGAGAUGGUGGUUAUCGCGGAAGCGGGAGAGCUCAGUACGGCCAACAAGCCGAUAAGCGUAAUGUAGCCGCCUUGGCUCGCAAUGGGAUGAUACACCUGCACAAAAAAGAGAUGCCUGGUGGCGAUGAAUAUUACUUCCCCUUUUAUCAGAACCCUGUAGAGCCACCCUCCGACAUUGACGCUAAUGAAAUAUACGACUGGCAACAAUUCGUAAACCCGGACAUGCUCCCUCCCCUGUCACAAGUUUACAAGCGGGGUGGUCCCAUGCCUCAAAGUGAAUUUGAAAAUCCCGAUGAGAAUGGCUACGCUGGGUAUGGAAAUCCUUCUGAAAUGGAUGACAAUUGGUAUUUAAAACGAGGGUCCGUUGGCUUGCCGGUUUUGGGAAUGUAUAGACCCACCAUUGGAGACCAAAGUUCCAGAACUAAAAGAUACAUUCUUUCUCUCCCUGAUGUCAUUGAUGGGAAUGAUAUUCAUGACUCCGAGGACACUGAAAAUGAAGAUAAACGAUCCGUAGAUGAUGACGAUGUGCGUGAUAAUUUUGCAAAGCGGCACAUUGGGUCACUGGCCCGGUUAGGCUUACUACCGUCAUUUAGGUUUUCAGGAGGACGCUAUAGUAGGUCUGGCCGUGCUAGGCUGCUAUUGCCUAGUCAGGAGUUGUACAGGAAGCAUUCCCUUGACGAGAAUUUCGGAAUUAGGCAAUAUAUCCCUAGUGCCGAAGCUGAGCCAGUCGAUACAGACGACGCCGACGUACCGCCGCCGCCAGUACUUGCUCACACGCACCCGACCGGCCGCCUCCUCCACCGACCACUAGACAACGAUGUGCCCAGUUCCAGCCCUUUGCCAUCGCCCCCUAACUCCCUAGAAUCCUUCGCUAAAAACCGGUGGCAAAUCAACACCAAAGAAGUCCCCAAGUUCUAUUACUUUAGGUCGCUCAAACUUCCCUACCACAACUCAGGCAAGCGAUACCUGUUGCUGCCGGCCGUCGAUAAUAUUCUCCUGAGGAAGAACUACCCCAACAGCAGUCUACCGGGUCGACGCAAGAAUCAGUAGCCAUGUAACUGUCGGCUGCGCGGCGGUGGCGCGCGAUAACUCGUUUAAAGCCUGACUGAACUGCGGACAUAUAUCUAAAUAGGUGUAGCAUGUACAUUCAAAGGUAAAGAAGUACGACUACGACUUCUUGUUUUCGUGUCGAGGUUCCUUUUUUCAUACGAUGGGUGCCCAUUAGGCAGCUUAUUGAUAGCCCUGGCCGGCGCGUCCCUCAGGUCCAGCUCCGAGCAGACUACGACUAAAAUAAGUACACACGACCUUAAGGUUGAGUGUACAUAUUUUUGGUCCAUUGGUCGCAUCGAUAUUUUGACCCUUAAUUGUAACGCAUAUGUAAUUUAAGCGUGCCAGUAACUGAGUGAAGUAUGCCGUCUAAUGGGUUUUUGAAUGGCUGGAAAAGACAUGUUUACGAUUCAUAUAUUUGAAACUGAUGUAAUUAAUGCGCUGAUGUGAUUCAUCUUAGGUUGGGAAAUAAUAGAAUUGCAUUGUACCAUUUUUAAUGUACCUGUCUACUGAAUGAAGCAUGUUCUAUAGCCGAAUUAUAAUGUUAGGUACGUUUGGGUGUCUAUUCAGAUAUAUGUUUGAGGAUUUCACCAUCUGCACAAUACUACCUCAUGUUACAAUCAAAUUCAUACUGGUAAUCUUUCCGUUGUGUAGUGUAGAUGGUUGAAAAUAUCCGUUAUGGCAGACGCGCCUCAUGCUCAAGCCGGAAAACCUAAAACGACUAAGGGUACUUUUCCAUCAAAUAUUGUACCAAUGAACUCAAUUAAUUAAUGGGAACCAGUUAGAUCAAUUAUAUUAUACUAGAUGAUGAAUAAAUUACUUUUUCUCCUGUAAGUUUUCUUAGCGGAAUUUAACUUUUUUGUUUAUAAAUGAAAUGUCGGGUUUCUAACUCUUUUAUAAAUUAUUCCAGAUUUGUUUGUAUUAUUAUUACCACUGCUUCAUAGUUUUUAUACAUCGCAGGAAUAAAGGAUACCGGAUAUAGUAUAGACAAUAAAUUUAAUCUAAAUGAUACACUAUAACGUAUUGAUGUUAAAUGUUGUUGUGACAAUGAACUAAUUAAGCAUGAAUAUAAGUUUUAAAUAGGCUAGUGGUACCUAGGAUAUAUCGGACAUUUUUACAAAACGACUUCGGCCAGUUUAACCUGUGACAGAUAUAGUUUAGCUAAUCAAUAAGUUUAUGUUGUCAAUCACAAUACAAGAAUUGAUAAAAAACGUAAAAAAAACAUGAUAGUCUUGACAAUAUAACGAAUGCGUAGUUUCUUAAAUAAAAAUCAUAGCUCUAAGGUACUAUUUACAGUCGGUUAUAUAAUAACAAUGUUAAUGAAAGAGCUUUUUGAUCUCUUUCUGCUAAUUAAUACCAAGAUUGUAAAACGAUUUAAAACCAACAUAUCCUUGGUAGUUUAAGUCUUAUUUUUGUUAGUGAGACUACUAGUCUAGCUGUG